CUAAUGAAAGAAUGCUAAAUGACCGCGAUAUGACCGUUCGUCACAAUAUUUGCACGCAAGCAUCCGCGAGCCGUCCAAACAGUCAACACACACUGAUGUGAAAGAUCCGGCGCGAGAUCGAUGCGGUCGUAUUUCAGACGGUGCGUGUAUACAUUCGCGCGUGUAUGUGUGCGCUGACCGAGAUAAAUACGGUGCCGCGCGUUUAAUCGGUCGCCAAGUAGAAAGAGCAAUUUCGAAAGGCACGGAUACAGGGGUGGAAAAGGAGGGGGCGAGAGGGAGCAUGAGGCACGUGCCGGAGCUACGCGCGUGCGUCAGCUCGUUAUUCCGUAUACACGGUGGUGGCACUCGACUGCUAUUUUCGAGGAACGUGAUAUAAGCUCCGAUGACGUUCGCGUAUUCCGCGUCGGAAUUACCAUCCUCGAGCGCGAUCAACGUCAGCCGGUUCUAAUGACCUUUGUAGACAGCGAGAGACUAAUCAUGCCCGAUCCGUGGAAAUGUUACGUCCCAUUGUUUCUCGUUCUCUAGGUGCAGCGCAAAGAAUUAUUCGUCGUACGAGCUUAUGUAAACAGCACCGUCAUCGCGAAUGAAUGUAUGAAUAAUAAUUUCAGAUUAGAUGUAUUAUAUCUCGAGAAGGAAUUUUACAGACUUGAGAAAUGUAUAAAAUUGCCAUUGGUAAUAGCUGAUGAUUUAUAUAAAAGAUUGCUAAUUAGCGUAAUAAUUUACUUGAAUGAUAGGACGCACAAGAGCGAAAUCGAGCGAAGUUGCAAAUGAGCGAUCGAAAAUUCCAUUAGAAAUCACGGACAUCUAUCUCAUCAUCAAUAAGGUUCGACCGAUUCAUGGCUUCGGAGGAUCCCGAGGGGGGUCCAAGAUCCGCGGUGGUGCGCGCGCCACAGAGGGGCCAAAAGUACCGAAGUCUGGAGUGGGGGUCUUAAAGGGUACCGUCAGAAUUCGAUGGUAGGAGUAAGCCAGGUUAAAGCGUCACGCGCUAAGUCUCCCCACUCGCGUUGCUCGUUGCUAAACCCCACCACCAAGAACCAGCACUAAGCAUUCCAUCGGCAUGCCACGUUCCGACUGCACGACCAAACCAGAAGACGUUCGCCGCUCGCCGAGUUAGUCGAGCUCCGACACUAGCCGUGAACGGUCGCACUUCGACGGCAUUCGACAAAAACCUUUGAGGAAGGGAGUGAACGCAAGUGAACUCCUUCAUUGCGUUACACCUCGUCUCACCCUCGACUCGCUAUCGAAUUUUACAUUCGUUACUCUGAAGCUUCGCUUCAACAACUCCGCGCAUCGAUCAACCCCGUGUUCGAGAAGUGAAGAAGACAUCGGGCGCAGCGCACUUGGAUUAUCAGUGAAGUGAUUGACUUGGGUUGAAUAGUGCUAUCACGCCGAUCCGGCGUGUUAUUUGACUUGGAAAUUUUCUGGAUUCAGUGAGAUAUUGAUCAUUAAAAAAAUUUAAUAAUGGUGACCGGAGUGGGUGCCACGAUGCCGACGGGUGGAGUCACCGUCGGCGCUACGCCGCCCGCGCAACACGUGCCGCCGCAGGAAGCUGGACAGCCUCCGGCACAAACUACUCCGACUACUACAACGACUACGAGAAGAUCUGGAGAAAAUCGACGGAGCAAUAAACCCAUUAUGGAGAAAAGACGUCGAGCCCGUAUCAACAGCAGUUUGAACGACCUGAAAACCCUUGUAUUGGAAUCUAUGAAAAAAGACCCGGCAAGACAUUCGAAGCUCGAAAAGGCUGAUAUUUUGGAGCUGACCGUGAAGCAUUUGGAAAACCUUCAACGGCAGCAGCUCGCCAUGGCUGCCGCGACAGAUCCGAACAUCCUCAACAAAUUUCGCGCCGGUUACACGGAGUGCGCUACCGAAGUUAGCAAGUUUCCCGGUUUGGACGCUUCAGUGAAGCGACGUCUGAUGACCCACUUGGCCGCGUGCCUGGGUCCGUCUGAAAUCGGUACCAACAACGGCCAAACGACGACUCAACAGUCUGUCCAACCGGCGCCACCGACGACACAAUUACAAGUGCAUAUCCUGCCACAAGUUGACGCAACUCCGCGAAUUCAAGCUCAGCAAUCAAAUGGAAUUUUCUUCACCAAUGCCAAUGUCACCGGCCUGCAAGUGGUUCCGACCAGGUUGCCAAACGGCGACAUCGCCCUAGUACUUCCAGCGGGAGCGAAGGCCGCGGGUCCGUCAUCACCGUCGUCGUCCCCGGCCCCGAGCUCUCCCUUACCAACUCUGAUCCCGAUCCCCCAGAGAACUGCCAGCAGAGGAUCCGCGUCAUCAUCGACCUCGUCCGCCAGCUCGACGUCCACGUCAGCGAGGAGUCCGGUGGCGUUCGAGGAACCCCCUGCGUCGUUCCGCGAGCAAUCCACCACCUACAGCCCGGCCAGCAGUCACCGAGAUGUCGCGACAUCCCCGGCGAAUGGUUACACCAGUGACCCGGAAUUCGAUCCACGCGUCUACACUCCUCCUCUCCAGAAACCUCUCGCGCUCGUAAUGAGGAAGAGCGUGCUGCCGCCGGUCGAGGACAAACCGUGGAGGCCAUGGUAAAAAAAAGGGGAGGGAAAGAAGAAAAGACAACCACGUGCGUGAUAAAGUGAUAUAAAUUGUUACGUGUCGAUGGUUAAAAAUUUGAGAAUGUGCUAGAUAAUUCGACGCGUUGAUUUACGCGCCGUGUAAAAAAUUCCGCAAAACGGAAAGAUGUUCCUCAAUAAUGUAAAUGAUUGUAAAUGCGCGAUCCCGUCCCGUGAACACCGCGAAGUUAGAGGAUCUCAGGAAGUUAAAAGACACGAGUUUACUCCUGCGCGAACACGGUCGGCCAGUAGCCAAUGAGGCAGCCUUAUUAAUAGUGCCUUGCGAAAAUGAUUUAUGCAUAAAAUGAAGAGAAACUAGAAUAAUAAUGCCUUGUGAAUAUGGUAAAUUUUGGUAUGUCAGAAAUGAUCGUAUGGUUUCUCCGAAGUAUCGUGAAUUUAAUUUUUACAAAUUAUAUUAUCGUGAAUUUAAUUUUUUUUGUCUUAUCUCGCAUCGUUUCUUCUCAGUCUCUUUAUCUCCCCCGAUCCUCUUUCUCUCUGUAUAUAAGUUAUAUAAAUAUUAAUAUUUUAAGUGCCUUAUGCAACAAGAAUCACCGAAGUCUUCCAUUCUGUUUCUUGUACGUAAAAUACUAGACGAUUUGUAGUAUAUCGUUGUAAGUACGAAAAGAAUGUUCUUAGUUAUUACAAUAUUUUUAAGUUUUUUUUUCCAUUCAUUCUCUGGUCUUGUUGGGAUCCCGAGAGUUGAAAGAUCACUUGCACAUUACUUCCGGGAUCCCGAGGAAAAAAAUGUCAUGAUAGACAAAUGACAACAGUCUUAUCAAUACAUUGUCUUUGAUUAGAGAAGUGUUAAACUUCUCUCUUUUCAUAUAAUUUUGAAUUUAAGAUUAUUUUUAAGUUAUUUAACGCGACUUCUUACUCAUUUUUUAAAUUAAGGAAUCGCGUGAAUGUACGAAUGUGUAUAUAUGAGGCCUAAUUGCGAAAGAACGUUAUUUAUAUUUAUACGAAUGCAAAGAGGUUAUAUUUAUAAUUCCUCUCUAUCAUGAGAAUAGACAACGGACGCUUACUAUUGCAACAAGAGUAUCAAAUAAAUGUUGAUCUCUUAACUCAAACAAAA